AGACAUCACUCAAUAAAGCGGUACUCCACGGAGCUCCGCCAUUUUGACUUCCUGCUUCCUAAGAAGAUAAACCGUCAGCGUAGCACUGUUCAGGGAAGCUGGUGUUAUUUUUGCGUAAGAUAGGAGUUUGUAUUCUUUAUUUUUCUUGUUGACAUUAAAAAAAUACAAACUGUGUAGGUUUCUGACAGUUUGUGUCGGUUAGUUUCAGCCGGGGAGUCGAAAUGCCGAGCCAACCGCUGCGUGUAGCGGUUGUGUGCUCGAGCAACCAGAACCGCAGUAUGGAAGCGCACAAUAUCCUCAGGUAAACAUGAACACCGGGAUCAGAAGAUCAUGGAGGACCGUGAAGGAAACAAAUGAGUGCGGUGUCGAGCCGUUUACUAACCCGAACAUGGGCCAUAUCAUCACGGUGACAGAGUCCCUCGGGCCUCAGAGCUUUAACAAAGGACUGACUCCUCAUGAGUUUGACUAUGGGUUUUCAGCGGACGUGAAUGCUGGCUUGAGACUGGGAUUGUGACUAUGUCUGCUUUAACACGCAGACACAGAUUUAGCCUUUCAACAAUUCAGGGUUUUUAAAAACCAGUUGAAGUUGUUGGGUAGUUCCCCCCUUCAUCUCAUGACAACAGCGCCCCUCUGUAGGGAAGAUUCCGGAAGGGAGUAAUUGCAGCCGCCCCACUUCGAUGAUGUGAUCAGUCCCCUCAUCCACACAGCACAUGGAAAAUUCCCUGAUACUUAUCAUUUUAACUUAAUUUGAUUUUUUUUUCAAAAUAUGUGUAUUGCUAUUGAAUUGACACGCACAUGGUCUGAUCUCCUCGUAGCUUUGGUGGUAGGAAAGUGAUUCACCUCUUUCCUCAAGAACCAAAGUACAGCCUAAAAACCUGUUUAUGACAAACUUAACUGUUUACCCUUUUUAAAGACCCUUUCUCUCGCAUUUUUGAGAUGGGGGGAGAACCUGGCUGAGGUCACUUAAAUUUGACUAACCCAGACAGCAUUUGACAGAAAACCUGUACACAGACUUUGUGCCUUAACACAUUUUGAUGUUGCUGAAUCUUUGUUGUAGCUUAGAUCUUAUUGUAUACGGAGAUGUUAAGUAAAAAGGGGGUUGAAAGAGGAAUGACUGCAUAGUAUUUUUUGUAUCCAGCGAUGUUGAUUGACACUGAAUUUAAUUGACUGUCUUGUGUUUUCGUCUUUGCAGCAAACGUGGAUUUGAUGUGCGCUCAUUUGGUACGGGGUCUCACGUGAAGCUACCUGGCCCUGCCCCGGAUAAGCCAAAUGUGUAUGACUUCAAAACAACUUAUGUACAGAUGUACAACGACUUAGUCCGAAAGGACAAGGAACUGUAUCCCCCUUUUACUUUUUACCAAACUCUCUUUCGGAGUAUGCAUUCACAGUACACAUGAACACAGAUUAGUAAACAUUGCUCUUGUCUAGAUAAACUGUGUAGAUGUUGAUCUUUGCCGAGAGUUAAUGGGAGUGUGAAGGCACUGCAAGUGGAAGAGCGAUGAUGGGUUAAGUAUGUGCAGAUAUUUCAAAUGUAUUGCAGGUCAAAGUUUUGUUCUCAAACCUCUACAACACUCAAGGACAGAAAAAGUUCAACAUAUGAGCGGUGGAGCAGUAAGUGCCAUUUUUGUAAACACAAUGUUUAGUAUUUUUUAAUACGACCAUUAAAAUACAAACUGUAUUUGCUUCUAAAGGUCUAGUUUAAAUUUUUUAGUGUGUUUUGAUAAGGUUGUCAUGUGACUGCUGUUGUUCUUUGUUAACUAAGUUCUUCUACCUUUCAUUUUGUUUUCAGCUUAACAUAUACCAGAGGAUGUAAGAUCACUUUUGUUAAUUUUUUUUUUACGUAUCUCGCAUAUUGGAAAUAAGUACUGAAAUACUCAACCAGCAGGAAUGUAUGGGGGGAAAAAACAACCACGGAUGAACUGCGAUAGCAUAGAAAAACAGUGGUCACCUGAAGAAAACUGGAAAAAUUUGCAUUAAUGAAAGUUGAUUUAAAAGAACACAUCGAAGUCCUAGACAUGGUUUGAAUUAAGCCACAAAAGUCUGACUUAAUUAAGUUUCUGAAACUGCAAUAUUGAACUGCAUGUUUAUACUUCUCAAUACAAAAGGUACUUCAGAGCUUCAAAGGGUGUUGAAUAUGUUUUUGAACAACUGGUGAUGUACCCAUGGGCCACCUGAUGGGUUAUCAUAAAUAGCCUGAUGCAUUAUUACAUUUUACUGAUAUGUGGCAGGGAACAAAAUUACAUAAGGUGGAUUUGCACAGGAUUUGUUUCGAUAUGUCUGAGCUGGCUAUGACACUUGGGCUGCUUCAGAGUCAAUGAUAACAGCGGUACUAAUUGCCUUUGUUUAUUUAAUUUAAUUUUUCGUCAAAUUUCAAUAUUUUUAAAAAUGAAUGUCCACAUGUUGAAGUGGCGUAAUGAUGAAAUAGUUUAAUUGUAGGAUGAAAUCUUGAAGUUCGUUAAUUUUUCUCUGGUCAGUGCAGAUUUGUACUUUAAAUAAUUCAAACAGAUUUUGUUUUAUUCCAAAUCGGCCUAUUUAGUAUAAUAUGAAAAAGUAUGUGUGGGGGCAAUGCACUUUACAGAAAAGUAAUUAUUAAAUUUGAUAUAACUGAUAAACCUUUUCAACCCGUGAUCUAUCUGCAAAUCUCUCAAUAGUUUAUGAGUAUAGUACCUGUGCAUAAAUAAUUUGCAUGUUCCUUUUUAAAAUAUAGUUAUUACAUAUAAUCACCUCAGUGUAGUUAAAUAUCAAUAUUUAAAGGGACAGCACAGUUAAAUAUAGCUGAUUGUCACUUUUAUAGCUUGUAAUGAUUUGUUUGUGUGUCAAGGGAGUAUCUGACAGUAUACAAAUAUCAGAUUUAAAGGACAAAAAAAUCAGCCCUUGUGAGAAAUGUGGGCCCAUGAACUGUGUUUAAAAUGUAUGUUAUUUUUUAUUGGUUGGACACCCCCCGGCUUAAGUUUAAAACUUUGAGAUUAAUGCUCUACCGGAUGCCUCUGAAUGUGUGUUUUGUUAGAAGGCCACGUUUGAUUGAUAGUCAUGUCUGACACCACCAGAGGGUGCUACAGUUUCUCUAACACUAAGACUCACUGCUGCCACCCAAGUUUUCACCUUUCCACAUCGUCUUACUUAUGUAGACACAAAUCUUUUUGUGUCAGAGAAAAUAUUUGCUUAUCUGUGUUCAGUUUGUUGAAUAUGCUCUAUUAAUAGUCAUUAGUGUGUUGUAUUUGUACCGUCCAAUCUGUUGCCUGCUCCUGUUGUGUUCCUUGACCUCCCCACUCUUCAGAUACACACAGAACGGCAUCCUGCACAUGUUAGACCGCAACAAGCGCAUCAAAUCAAAGCCAGAGCGCUUCCAGAGCUGUAAGGACAAGUUUGAUCUGGUGAUCACCUGUGAAGAGAGAGUCUAUGACCAAGUGGUGGAGGGUAAGAAGUCUUAGAAGAAUUAUCUAAUUUUUGGAGUCAAAUAUAUGUACAUUUUAAUAUUUGUGUUUACCAGAACACUACAUUGAUAAUAACCAUGUUUAUUUUUACUUACACUCUCUGGUCACACUUUUUCUUGCAUCUUUUCCAUCCAGAUCUGAAUUCAAGAGAGCAGGAGACGCUGCAGCCGGUGCAUGUAAUCAAUGUAGACAUUCAGGACAACCAUGAGGAAGCCACGCUGGGCGCCUUCCUCAUCUGUGAACUGUGUCAAUGUGUGAGUGUCUCCAGACUCUCUAAAGGGCAGAGUAAAACAAACUGUCAUUUUGUGAAGUUUAGAUUAACAACGGAAAUAGAUGUAGCUCUUCAGUUUACCAAAUAGAUCAAAAUGGUCCUAAAGGUCUAUAAUCAUCAAGUAUAUAUCUGAAUCAAAAAGCUAAGGACACCCAUGAAAAUACAGCCAACCUAUGCAGUAAUGAUUUAUGGAUAGUGCAAUGUUAAUUAUUACAGUUUAUUGGUGCCAAUAAUCAGUGUACGGUAGGUGUUUGACGUUCUUUCUGCUUCUACCCUGCAGAUCCAGGGCACUGAUGACAUGGAAAAUGAAAUCGAUGAGCUCCUACAAGAGUUUGAGGACAAGAGCAACAGGCCUUUUCUUCACACUGUCUGCUUCUACUGAUACACAACUGACAUUUGCGGAAAAAAAAAACAGACCUAGAUCAGAAGCAGUCAAAUAUAAGUGUAUGAACACACAAACAGACUUACACACACACUCCUCUUAAGCCAGGACAAACAAGUUGUGUGCUUGCAGAGACACAAGCUCACUAUCUCUCUCGCUCUCUCUCUCUCUCACACACACACACACACACACACACAUAUAAACACACACACGCAUAGCUUUGGGUCAGGACCUAACAAAUGGCUGCUGUCAGACAUAUGGGUGAUGAUGGGUUUUACCUCUAUCCAGAGGGUGAACUCACUCUUUUCGCUCUGCCUUUAUUUCUCUGGAACAAGGUCAGGCCAAGCUCUUCUCACACCCACAGCCCAGUGAAAUCAUUUAACCAUGUCUCCUCAGGGAGAGCCAUAGCACCCGCACUCCUAAUUCAGCAACUCUUUUCAAAGUUUCUUUGAUUUUGUUUAGUAGAGCAAAUUGAUGCUGGUGAAUUUUUUUUUUUCAGAAUAUUAUUGAAUUGUAAUUAAUUUAGGCAAAUAUGUCAUAUUUUUAUUCCUGAUUUGGAACAGUGUAAAUGUGUUUUAUUUGGUUUGACAGAGAGGAGAAUAAUUCAACUGAAUGCGUGUUUCUGUGCGACUAUGUGAUGUAGUUUAGUUAGAAUUAAGUUAAAAUGGGUGGGCUAACAAUGAAUAACCAAACUUAGACCUCUCUGAGGUUCUGCAAUGUGUUUUCAAAAUCGUGUUGAUUCAUAUUUAAACUUGGAUAUGCUGUUUUCAGGGCAUAGUAUUUUUUCUUUUGUAAAUGUUGAAAGAAUUGAAGCAUUGUAAUUAUUUGCAAACUGCAAGCUCAGCUCAGAGUGCCUGAUAUUUCUGUAUGUACAUACAAAUCCACUAUAAAAAGAAACAUCUUCAGGAAACAUG